AUGCAACGUUUGAUGGUGCGAGUAACGUUUUCUACAUUUUUUACGACACCCUUAUUUAUAAUCAAUGGAUACCGCAGUGAAUCGUGAUCUUUUUAUUGAAAAGUUAAAUGCAUUAAUUGCGGAAAAACGAGAAGACAAUUGUUUUUAUUUUUCUCAAGAAAAGUACUCUAAAAUACUUUCUGAAGUGGUUUCUGCUAAAACUAAGUGCAAUACACCUUUGGAUUACAGACGAUUAAAACGUUUUGAUGUUUUAAAAAUUAAUGAUGAAGAGAAGUUAAUUGUACCAUUAAAACAAGGAGACACGAAUAUCCAGUAUUAUGUUACCAAUGAGGAAUUGUUCAGUAUACUAUAUGAAACUCACACCAGAAUAGGCCACGGAGGAAGAACACGUAUGCUGAAAGAAUUGCAAGUUAAAUACAAAAAUAUUACGUAUGAAGUUGUCAUGUUGUAUUUAAAUUUAUGCAAACAGUGUCAAAUGAAACACAGUGCACCUAAGAAAGGUAUUGUUGUGAAACCAAUGGUCAGUUCUGAGUUAAACUCAAGAUGUCAAGUUGAUCUGAUAGAUCUACAGUCAAACAGCGAUGGCGAAUAUAAAUUCAUAAUGGUUUACCAAGAUCAUUUAACUAAGUUUGUCCAGCUACGACCUUUGAAAACUAAGAGAGCUGAAGAAGUAGCGCAUCACGUUCUUUCAAUAUUUUUAACAUUUGGUGCUCCAGCAAUAUUGCAAUCAGAUAAUGGUAGAGAAUUCAGUAAUCAAGUCAUAUCCGAACUAUGCGCUAUGUGGAAAGAUGUUAAGAUAGUCCAUGGAAAGCCUCGUCACAGUCAAACACAAGGCUCAGUUGAAAGGGCCAAUCAAGAUAUACAGAAUAUGCUAUCCGCAUGGAUGAACGAUAACGAUACAAAUAAAUGGUCAGAUGGUUUACCCUUUGUACAAUUUGCCAAGAACACUACAUACCACGAAGGAAUACGCCAAAGUCCUUAUGAAGCCAUGUUUGGCGUUAAGGCUAAAAGAGGCAUAGCAUCGUCUUUUUUGCCUAGCGAACUAAUCGCAAAUAUUGAAACCGAAGAACAACUCAAAGAAAUUGCCAAUACUUGUGAAACCGAAAAACAGCAUGAAGAAACUGUUGAUACUUCUGAAAAAAAUUUGUGCGGUGGUCUUUCGGAAAACCAUAUUUCAAGGAAAAAUAUUGAAGAGGACCUGCAUUCUACUACGUUUCCACAUCAAGCUCUAACUGGAAAACACGAGUUAAUUUCAAUAAAAAGAGCGGCCGCGAAAGAGAAUCUUGUACUGCAAGCAAACAAAAUGUUACGCACCUCACAAAAACAAUUUCCUCCUGCUCAAAUUGGCGAUAGUGUACGAAUACAAGUGCCUGAUGUCGACCGUGGUCGUACAGAUAGCCGAAAUGUGUUAGCGGUUGUUGUUGGGAUAGAAGACUCCGACUUCUAUAAACUGGCAAAUAAAAAUGGUACCCUCAAGCAGCUUUACACACGUAACCAGUUCACCUGGAACACUAACCUGGUGGCUCAACCAGGGGAACAGUAUAUCUUGUUAUCUCUUCCUGCUGCAGCUUUGCUACCGGACUUGUUCCGCUUGUACUUCCAGCCAAGUGCCCUACCAGAGGGUGUCCAGCCCAGUGCCCUGUCCAAAUACUUCCAGCCAAGUAUCCUUUGUUUGAGGGCUUCCGGCCAAGUGCCCUGUCUGGACUUCCAGUAUGCCCUGCCCAGUCCAGCCACAGAGUAG